AUGAACAACUUCAUCAUUACUGCUGUUAUUGCAGCACUUAAAGAGGACUGGCUAAUCAAGGCGGUGCAUUACAUGGAGGAAAACCCAGAAACUUUAGAAGAGCUGAUGGACAAAAACUAUGCUUUGGCAGAAGGAGACAUGGUGCUGUUGAAUGACAGGAAUGCAGUGAGCAGUAGCUGGCCAACUCUGGAGAUACCCUAUAUCAUUAGCCCAGAUUUAGGUAAUCGCACAGAUGAUAUUCUCUCUGCUAUGGAGAUGGUGUCCAAACACACCUGUGUAUCCUUCCACAAGCGAACCAUCGAGCAAAACUACCUGCUCUUCAAAACCAGUACAGGCUGUGCGUCAUUUGUGGGCUUAAAGGGUGGUGAGCAGCCUGUUUUUGUUGGGCCCCAGUGCAUGGUAGGUAACAUUGCACAUGAGAUUCUUCAUGCUCUGGGUUUCCACCAUGAACACACAAGGAUGGACCGUGAACAGCACAUCACCGUUAUUCACAGCAACAUUAUGCCAGGGAUGGAGAAAAACUUCAGAAUGCAAGAUGGCGAGACCUUUUCUCUUCCAUACGACGCUACCUCCAUCAUGCACUAUGGAAGAGAUUUUUUUUCAGCAACCGGCCUGCCCACCAUCUUCCCAAAGAAAGAUGUGAAGGAAAUGGGACAGAGAGAUAAACUGACAAAGACUGACAUUGAAAGGGUUCGACGUCUCUACAGCUGUGGUAUAUUUUCAACUCUGCUCACUGCACAUAAAUUUCAUUUGUGGUCGCCACAUUUUGAAGCUUUAAACAAUGACCUGAUGAUUCCAGAAUGUCCUUUCCGGGUUGUCCUUGCCUCGAUUAUUGAGGAUGCAUUUAAUAUUCCCUUAAACAAACUGAGAAGGAAAUCCAUGACUGGGUUGAUGUCUGAUCUCGGUGCCACCGAUGGAGGCUAUGAGAACCAGAUUACUAGCAUUGCGGUUCUAUCUGCCUACUCCAGCACCUGA